GGUGUGUGACCAGUUAUCGCUCGAACCGUUUUGACCCUCGGGUAUUGAAGGGAGCGAGCGGAUGGCAGAGCUCCGAAAUGCAUGCCGCUAGGCGGGGCUUAGGCUGACGGUGCAGUAGGGGCGCUUGGGGGGAAUGAAUGGCUCGCGCUGGGGCGGACUUGGCCGUCUUUUUCUCAAACGGUGGGGAGAAAGAAAAUGGGGGGAAGUUUAGCCCCUGCGAUCCGCACCCGGUUACAGAACUGAGUGUGAGGAACUGGAAGGAAUUGACUCUAUUCUUUUUGAUCGGAAUGAACCUUCCUAACCACCAGUUGCGUUGCAAAGUACAGUUCCGUACUACUGACCAAUGCUUAGAUUCAUCAUUCUCUCCUUACAGAUGCUGCUUUAAUCCCACACUCUUCUUGACUACCUGGAACAGAACCGCCAAGAAUUACUGUGUCUCAACACCCGAAUGCUACAACCAUGUUUCGACGCUGUGUCUGCUGGUUUCAGAUAUGAAAUGCGCAUAUCACAACUUUGAGGUUGUCACUUUUGGCUUCAUCACGGCCCUUCGGUCUAUUCGUCCCAGAACGUACAAUUCAUCAGUCUCAUUCUCUCGAGAGUGUCAAUUGAGCAGAACGUGCUCCGCCUGAGUGUUGGAACCCUGUGCUGCGCAACUCCGCGCUUGACACGCGCAGAACUUUCCAACCACCUACCCAGAUUUUAAGCAUGAAUAAGUGCAAUUAGUUAUCAUCUAUGCAAUGACUAAGCGUGCUCAAUUCAACCUCACAGCUCUGGAGUUCGUUCUGG